GAGUUUUCCCUGAAGGAUGUUAAAAAAUAAAUAAGAAACUUCGUAUCCGGUAUAUGCAAAAAUUAUGGUUCAUUGCUGUUGGCGGUCACAGCAAUUGUACAAUGGCGAUCUUGGCUCUCAUUAUUGGAUAGCGACGAUCAAGGUCGUCAGGUCUUCGCUGUAUCCGAGUCUUCGUCGCAAGUUCAGUUGCAUGAUCAGUCACUAAGUAUUUAGAUCUCGAACGGUGCAACACGCCUACAAGUUGCAACGGAUCAAGUUUCACAGCUCGGAUGUAAGUUUCGAAGUAAUUCUAAGAAUUCCGGGUUAUCGGUGCUCACAUCAGGAUCAUGUGGAAGUGGUGGCAGUUCUAUUGUGUCCUGUUGCACUUAUGGGCGAGAUCGUCGUGCCAGAAAACUGCCCUUGACUCUCCUUUCAAUUUAAUGGUUCUUCGCGCAUUUCGAAAUUGGAGCUUCGAUGCCUUCGGUCGGACAGGAACGGAAGAAAGAUAUCUACAAUUAGCGAGAGAUGCGGGCAAAGUGCAAGAAGUCAUUCCCGAUCAUGUCCCGUUUCCAUGCAACGUAACAGUGAAGCGAUCGGCGGAGAUACCAAAUUCGGUACACAAAUUAAGACCGGGAGAUAUCGAUGUAAUUGCCACGAUGGGUGAUUCACUUACAGCCGGAGCUGGGAUUUUUGCAAAUAAUAUUUUUCAAGUGAUAGUGGAAAACAGAGGAGUUACUGCAACCGGCGGAGGUCAAGGCACAUGGAAGCAAUAUCUCACUCUUCCUAAUAUUAUUAAGGAAUUCAACCCUAAUUUGAUAGGAUAUGCACUGGGAGAUGCAUUAGCAUCACACGAAGCAUCGCAACUGAAUGUCGCUGAGAGCGGUGCCUUUUCCGAGGAUAUGCCAUACAUGGCUGAGGUACUAGUUAAAAGGAUCAAAAGCGACCCAAGAAUAGAUCUGCAGAAGCAUUGGAAGUUCGUUUCAAUAAUGAUCGGAGACAACGAUUUUUGCACCAACAUGUGCUGGGUUUCAUCACCUUGGUCGAUCCUCGAGAAACACAAAGAGCAUAUGCUCCAAGUUUUGCGGACACUCAGGGACAAUCUACCACGGACAUUCGUGGCAUUGAUUCCACCACCGCAUUUGAAAGCUUUGGUUGAAACUCGUAUAGGACGACCAUCUUUUAAAUGUUUUGUCACAACAGAUAUAGAAUGCUCUUGUAUGUUCGGCAGUGUAUUUCAGAAAUCUAAAUCAACAUAUUACGAAAUUAUGAGACGGUGGCAAGAGAUGGAUUUAGAAAUCGCUGCUUCUCCAGAAUUCCAGAGAAAUGAUUUCGCAGUCGUUGCUCAGCCCCUCAUGAUGGAUGCAAGCAUACCACUUGCUUCAGAUGGAUAUAGUGAUAUUACGUAUUUAAGCAGCGAUUGUUUCCACAUUAGUCAGAAGGCAAAUGCCUGGUUUGCUAAUUCUCUGUGGAACAAUUUGUUGGCGCCGGUUGGCACUAAAGAAACGAAGUUGCAUGGUCUCUUUGAAAGGUUUCAUUGUCCAACACCGGAGCGGCCUUAUCUAGCUACAAUGUUGAAUUCGAGGAAACAAAGCUUCUGAUAAAAUAAUGACUACUAUUUACAUGAAAGGUUUCGAUAUUCGAAGAAAGAAACAUUAUCAGUUGUGUUAUUUGAUCACUGAAAUAGCUAUGCAAUAUCAUAAUUUUCAGGCGAACUUAUAGUAUUAUAGUUAUUUAAUCGUCGAUAUAGUGCCAUAAUGUUAUUCAUUAAGCCCUUAUACAGCAAAAAGAUGAUAUUAAAGUUGAAAACUUAUCUUUGCCAGUCGAAUAAAUAUGAAGAAAUAAAAGGUGGAAACUUCAAUUGAUUCGGCCUUAACUGGCAAUAUAUUUGAUAAAAUUAAUCACUACGUUUAUCAUAUUUCACCGUUACCUUUCUACUGUGAAAAACUAGGUUGAAUUUGCGUUUGUAAAUAUGCGGAGGAAGAACAAGUUCUACGAGCUUCCAAUUUAAUGGUGUUUACUAUGAACAGAUUUUUGGAAGCCCAAUGGGCUCUCUAUUGUCGCCUGUAUUGGUCGACAUUGUACUGGAUGAUCUCGAAAUUUAUUGUCUUUCUACGCUUGAAUUUAAUGUGCCAGUUUUUUAUCGGUAUGUUGACGAAAUUUUUGCAAUUCUUCCAAAUGACAAAGUCCAUUACGUUCUGCAAGUCUUUGAUUCAUAUCAUGACAGAUUGAGAUUUACAGUUGAGGUAGAAAAAAGUAAUAGUCUAAAUUUUCUUGAUACCACUGUAAUUAGAGACAAUCAGCUGCUGAUUACUAACUGGUACCGUAAACCUACGUCUUCCGGAAGGUACAUUAAUUAUUUUUCUCAUCACCCACAGGAAUAUAAAGUCAGUAUUAUAACGAGCCUUGUUGAUAGAGCUAUUUUACUAUCCGAUGCGAGAUUCCAUGACUCUAAUAUUGAGAUUGUAAAAAACAUUUUAAAAAACAACUGUUAUCCUCCAGAAUUCAUAAAUAGGAAUGUUGUUAGAAGACGUUUGUACCUUACGCGUGGCGAAUUUAACUACGACACAAUUGAGGACACGGAGAAAAAGUAUUUCACCGUGCCGUACAUCAAAGAUUUAAGUGAGGGUAUUGAAAGGAGCUUGAAGUCUUUUGGUUUUAGUGUGAUUUAUAAUAUACCUAAAAAGCUUGAUAACAUUAUAAGGAGAGGUAAAGAUCGAUUAGAUGAUUUACAAUGUACCGAAGUAGUUUAUAAAAUUGAACGUAUUGACUGUGAAGCUUGCUAUACAGGGCAAACCAAAAGACAUUUAAGAACAAGACUUAGCGAACAUAGAUUUGACAUCCGCAAAAAUGCUAGUGACCACUCAGUUGUCAGUAAACAUCGUCUUUUCAAUAGGCAUGAAUUUGAUUGAUCACAACCUGUCAUUUUACAUCGCGAAAAAUUUAGAAGGAAGAGAGAGAUCGCUGAGAUGUUCUAUAUUAAAAAACAUAGCAACACCAUUAACCUUCAAACUGAUACGGAUAACUUGCCUGACAUCUACGUUAAUAAUUAAUAAGACUCACAUAAAUAGACUAGCAUUAUGUGGUUUACCUUCACUGUUCGCGAACGUACCUUUCUGUCCGACUUGACUUUUAUCUGAUAACGUGUAAUUUUUCUGUUCUGUUGUGACAAUUGACCGUUUACCACUUGUUGACAUGAUUCUUUAUUUAUUUAUAUAUUUAUUUUUCUGUGACAUUUUUAUACUCUAGUGACAUGUAAGUUUUUAUUUGCUGUUUUGUCCUUUUUUCUACAUUUCAAGUCUAAUUAGCGCAUAUCGUAUAUUAUUAUAUUUGUAACAUAAUUGUUGUUUAUUUGUACAGAAUAACUUAAUGUCUGAUUUUGUAUAAUUUUCACCUGAGGAGGACCCAAACCAAGGGUCGAAACGUAGUGAUUAAUUUGAUCAAAUAUAUUGCCAGUUAAGACCGAAUCAAUUGAAGUUUCCACCUUUUAUUUCUUCUUAUAGAGCAAAGCUUUAUAGAGAUAUAGAACUAAAAACUUGUUUCAAUUAUUGUUCUAUAAGGAAACCCAUAAAGAGUUAAACAAUAUUAAAAACUGCCAAGUAUAAUCUUUUAUCUUUCAAUACUCUCUUUAGAUUAAUAAUAUACUCGAUAUAGAUACACUUGUCUUUCAACAAGUAUCCAAACGAAUUUAAAUAUAUGAAGCGAUGUAAGCAAAUAUUAGUAUAAGAAGCGAAAGGAUUUGUUAUAAAGCCGGCUCUAGUCCUAUCUUAUUCACAUACUUUAUCUACUAUCGUAUAGAGUCGUAUAGAGAGAUACGAAAAAACGCAGAGAAAUCGAUAAAUAUGUACAUUGUAUAAUACAUAUAUCGUAUAUCUGUAAUGUAUGUUAUAAAGCACAGAGCUAUAUAAUUUUUCGUAUAUAAUUUUUGCUAGUUUAAAUAAAUUAAAUUUAUACAA